GGGUGGAAACAAACUCCAAACACAAAAGGCUAAAACAGGUGUGAUUAUUUUUAAUGCAGUACGUUGCCCCACAAGACUUAAAUAUUGAAUAAAACCCGAGCGAUUCAUCGAAGAUCUGCAGAGCUCCGACCUAACGGAGUUCCCCGCGUUAUAACGAAUCGGCGUUGAAGGAUUUCAGGGCUAUUUGACAUUGCCGCUCCCACGUGUUCUCUUCCAUCCAGCGGCUUUGGCACCCGCCGUGACCCCGACUCUCCGCCCCCGAACUCGACUGGCAGCGCAGCCCCCCAAGCCUGUGCUGUUCUCGGAAGCGAGAGCCUGUGCCUAAGUAAGAAAUCAGGCCUCACUGGGGACAAUCAAGCAAAGGUUGGACAACUGCUUUUCCAGAACAGAAAAGAAACUCAUGCAUCAGAAAAGGUGACUAAUAGACGUACCAAAAGAAUAUGGCUGCACAAAUGCCAGAGUCUGAUCAGAUAAAACAGUUUAAGGAAUUUCUUGGAACCUACAAUAAACUUACAGAAACUUGUUUUUUGGACUGUGUUAAAGACUUCACAACAAGAGAAGUAAAACCUGAAGAGACCACCUGUUCAGAACAUUGCUUACAGAAAUAUUUAAAAAUGACACAAAGAAUAUCCAUGAGAUUUCAGGAAUAUCAUAUUCAGCAGAACGAAGCCUUGGCAGCCAAAGCAGGGCUCCUUGGCCAACCACGAUAGAGCAGUCCCGAUGGAUGGACUUUCCAUGAAAGAUUGCCAACAGCUGUCGCACUGGAAAUGAGGAUUCAUCUGAUAGAAUCCCCUGAAAAGCAGUAUCCACCAUGUUAAACCAUCUGUCAUGACUGUUUGGCAAAUGGAAACCACUGGAGAAACAAAAUUGCUGUUUACCAGGAAUAAUCAAAAUAGAAGGUCUUAUUGUUCAAUGAAAAUAGUAAGAUACAACAUUUGUUGAGGCCUUAAGAUUCAGCAGCUUAGUCACUUGAUUAGAAAAAUAAACCAUUGUUUCUUCAAUUGUGACUGUUAAUUUUAAAGCAAAAUAUGUGUUCAAUCAUGUAUGAGAUAGAAAAAAUUUUUAUUACUAAAAGUAAAAUAAAUGGAAGUAUCACUGAGCAGUUGUUUAUACUAUAUAGUACCAUAGUAUUCUGACUGGACUGUGGAUACGUUGAAAUAUUUUCAAUCAGGAUCAUCCUCCAAGCAUUCCUGUUCAUUCAUGUCUGCCUCAAAUUGCUGGUAAAUACAUAAAAUAGUUACUUGCUGAUCAUUUCAAUGCACGAUCAUUUUCUUGCCUCCCUUCUUGUGUCAGGGUGGGCAUUACACAUUUUCAUAUAUUUCAGGAAACAACCCAUCUGAAACUAGCAUGAGAAUGUUUAAGAGUUGAUUGCUAUGCUCUAGUGGAGUGUGUUGUUUUGUGUUUUGUUCAAAAGCUGAGAAUCAACAUGAAUGAUUCUGAGUCGGACCAAUAAUACAGUGUAUUCUCAGUGGUGACAUGUGAUCUGUGUAAUAAACUGAACCAAAGGUAAAGUAAUGUCUUAUGACUAAAUGGAUCUGAAAACAAAUCCAAGCAUUUUCAUAAAUUCUAGUUGAUGCAUAAGCAUAUCAAGCAGUUUGAUAAAUGUAAAUGGAAUAAUACCUAUAAAUAAACUAGCUGACGAAUGGAUUUCAUUUGAUACCAACCUAAACUUGUACCUAAGAGAAUACUAAUUAUCCCAUAGGUUUAAACUUACCAAAGUGAUUUCUAUGUUUUGACAUAUUAAUGGAAAGUAGAAGUGUUCUACUUUGGUAGUUUGCUGUUCUUUAUAUUACAUCUAAUUUUUAAGCAUUAGGUCUUUUAAUUAACAAUACUAUUUAACUUAAAGGCCUCUGUUGACAUUACAAUCAAUAACUGUGAUAUCUUUGAACGUAAAAAGACAAAAUAUUAACAAUGCUAUCCUUUAAAUCAAACUUGAAAAAUGUAUAAUACGUUACAAAACAUACAAUUCAUUAUGGUCAAAGAACAUGAAAGAAUUGGCUUGUUUUAUCUUAAGGUCAGAAAAGCAAACAAAAAUAAAGAGAUUUUACUCAUUUAA